UUUGUGUUUUCCCGCACCGUCAAUCAAAAUAUAGAAAAAAAAAGAAAAAAAACGACCCGAAUCUCCGAUCACGGCCCGCCUUUGAUUAAAACAAAUCAUGUUCGGAGUUUAAAUGAACAGAUAACCGCUCGAUUUUUACCCCCUUUUUUCGCGCGAUGACUGGUACGUAACACUUUAAGCCGAUCGAAGCACAACACGGCCGGGCCCCAGAACAGCCAGCGAAACAGCAGGAAAUGGCUGCCUUGGACGUGGACAGCAGUCAGAGCGAGUUUCUGCAGCCCGCCAGCGGCGCCUCAGACCAGCAGACAACAGACCUCACGUCCAUCCAGCUCACAGGCUCUGCUGACCGGUGGGAGGUGCUGACACCAGUUUCCACAAGCAAAGAUGAAUCAGGCGUAGUACACUUACCCAGCGGGGGACUUGUGGGCACCAAUGGGCAAUAUGUGGUCCCACUGCAGACUGUGCCAGGACAGACUCAGCCCGUUUUUGUCACGGCGGGGACUGACGGCACCAGUGCCAAUGGCGUCCAGUAUCAGGUCAUCCCCCAGCUCCAGAGUGCAGAUGCAGCAUCAUUGGGCUAUGCUGCGUCCUCUGCCGAUGGAACUGCGCUGGGCACAGACAUUGCCAUACUGCCCGAUGGGACCCAGGGUAUUUCCACAGCAACAAACGCUAACGAUCUCCAGAGUCUGCUGGCCCAAACUGGGCAUGUGCAGCAUAUUUCUAGUGUCUCAUUGGCGGGAACUGGGUUUGGAGGUCAGGGACAGGUGGUGGCUAAUGUCCCCGUGGGAUUGCCUGGCAACAUCACUUUUGUGCCACUCAACAGCCUGAGCAACGCGGACCUGGAGUCUCUGGGAUUGGCCGGUGCUCAGACUAUUGCCACAGGUGUCACAGCUGAUGGCCAACUCAUUAUGUCUAGCCCAGCCAUCACCUCAGGCGAGAAUGCUGGAGAGGGAGCAGUAGACAAGUCCGCUGAGCCGCUGACUGCUAGCAAUGCUAACGCUAAUACCUUUGUGCCCACGACCAGUUCCACCUCAGCCACGUCGCUCCCCGAGACAAUAGAUGGCACGGGAGUCCUUACUCAAGCCACGGCUGUGUCCGCUGGGCAGCAGGACCCGUCCUUUGUGCAACAGAACCACACACCUGCUACCGAGCCCGUGGUGCAGCUCCUCUCCACUCAGCCAACGGACGGCACGGCGCAGGCAUUGCAGAGUGUGCAGCUGCUCAAUGCUGGCACCUUUCUGAUCCAGGCCCAGACAGUUUCACCCACAGGUCAAAUCCAGUGGCAAACCUUCCAAGUACAGGGUGUCCAGAACCUGCAGAAUCUGCAGUUGCCGGCAGCCGGUGGGGUGGCCUCACCACAGAUCACCCUUGCUCCUGUGCAGACUCUGUCUCUUGGGCAGCCAGGUACCAGCGCAGUGACCGCCACUGGACAGGCACCCAACCUGCAGACUGUCACGGUGAACUCCGUCGCACAGUACCAGCAAGACGAUAACACAGAGAGCCCCUCAGAUAUUCAUAUCAAGGAGGAGCCAGAUUCAGAUGAUUGGCAGUUGAGUGGAGACUCUACCCUGAACACCAAUGACCUGUCACACCUUCGUGUUCGAAUGGUGGAUGAGGAGAUGGAGGGUGCAGGUCAAGAGGGGAAGAGGUUGCGUAGAGUGGCCUGCACUUGCCCUAACUGCAAAGAAGCAGGGGGAAGAGGCUCGAGUAUGGGCAAGAAGAAGCAGCAUAUUUGCCACAUCCCAGGUUGUGGAAAGGUAUAUGGGAAGACAUCUCACCUGCGUGCUCACCUGCGCUGGCACUCAGGCGAGAGGCCCUUCAUCUGCUCCUGGAGCUACUGUGGCAAGAGGUUCACACGCAGCGAUGAGCUGCAGCGCCACCGUAGGACUCACACAGGGGAGAAGAAGUUUGUAUGUCCGGAGUGUUCGAAGCGCUUUAUGCGGAGCGACCAUUUGGCCAAACACAUUAAAACUCACCUGAACAAAAAAGGGCUUAACGCUGCCUCCACGGCGGGGCAGACAGAGGCCAGCGCCCCCUCGGACAGCAUCAUCGCCGGGGGCGGGGCCACUCUUAUCUUGACCAAUCUGCAGCAGGCUGGCACCCAAGACCUCCUCUCAAACUCCGACCUCCCACUCCAACUGGUCACUGUGUCUGCCAGUGAGGUCCUGGAGUGACCAAAAUCCUGCCCACUUUCACAGCUCGCUGGCUUUUCACUAUCAAUUUUUAUAUAUAUGAUAAAUAUAUAUAUAUAUAAAUAUAUAUUUUAAAAAAUGAAUUAUCCAUUUAUGUUCAGUAGCAGUCUUUUUGUACAAACAGGGCAAAAAAAAUGACAUUAAGUGUGGUUCCAGUCCUCACACACACUUUCUCUCUCGUACAUGCAUAUACAGUAUAUACAGACACACACUAACACACAGAAAUGCCUUAUUUUGUAUCAUACUCUGUAGUAUACAAUGCUGGAGUUGCAUGUAUUUUUACUCUCACUGAUCUAAUCUUUCAGGGGAUGAUAAUGUGAGUGUGUGUGUGUGUGUGUGUGUGAAAGUUAUGGUACAGUGUGUGUGUGUGCGUGUGUAGUUUAUGCUUGUGUGAAAUUGGCAGCAAGAGAGGGGAAGUCGUGUCCUCUGAGGGAGAGAUGCUCAUGAUCUGUCCAUUUUUAUCUUCCUCUCUUCCUCCUCAUCCCUCUCUCACGCUGCUGGCCUCGGUCCAAAUGUGUCUUCACUCUUUCGUUUUUAUUUCGCUUUGUGUAGUUGUAUUUUGGCUCUGCUUCUAUCAUGCCCAUUGUAUCGUGGUUGGGGAUAUUCUUUUAUUUUGCUUUAUUUUGUUUUAUUAUUUUUUUUAUUUUUUUGCCCUUCUGUCGUCCACAUGCAACUUGAACAAUUCUCCAGGCGACAGAAUCAAACAGUUGUGUUAUACCUUAUUUUAUUUUGUAUUGUUUUUUUUUUUCCUAUCUAUACCCUGUAACAUUCAUAAUGUGUUCCUUUUUUUCCUUUUUAUUUUUUUUUCCCACCAGCCCCCAAGCUGUUUAUAGCCGCCAUUUAUUUUAGUCUAUAACUGAUCUGUUGUAUCAAAGACUCCGCAUUUUAAUUACUUUUUAAAUGUGUAAAAUUUAAUGUUACUUUUGUACAACUUUUUUUUUUUUCUUCAAAUGGAACACAAUUAAAGUCAGAAUUCUUCCUAUAACUCUUGAUACUUAA